AUUUUAUACAGUAUUUAUACUAAUAUUACAGUAUACAUAUUAUGUGUUUAAUAUUUUAAUAGUUUAAUACGCUGAGAAAUGAAUUAUUUAAAGCUUGUUGUGAGUUCAGUGGAGUGAAUAGUUCACCCUGAUAUUAUAAUAUCACCAAAAAUGUUAUGAGGAUAGAAAUGAAAUACGUCACCAGGGAAAGCGCAGACGUCAGCGCGUCCGCGGAAGCGUCACUGAUCGGUACCGGCCUUGAUGUGACGGCCGGUGUUGACGUCGCGGGAGCGCGCACAGAAGAUAAGUGACGUUUAAAUGCGGGAUAAAUGAACGAGCGGAGCGGAGUCACCGCGCGCACUCACGGAAGUUGAUCUUUAUUUUGUGAUUGCUGUGAUCUGAUUGGAUGGGUCUCACACUGUGCUGCUGGCUGCGGGACGGCCAUCUUAAAAAACACCAGAGAUCCUCAUCAACUUUCUGUCCGUUUUCUGUGACCCCGCCCAUUCGGCUCGCUGUGCUUUUAGACACGCCCCCCGUCGCCCCUGGAAACCCCCGAUCACAGUGGAGCCCGACGCACCUGUCGCCCAACAUGCAGGUGUGUCCGUCGGGUGGGCGUGUGCGUCGCGCCUGCGUGGAGCAGAGCAGUGAUGCGGUCUGUGGCGCGGUCGGCGUGGUGGCGGGGCUUCACAUAUGGGAGGUGCUGUGGGAGGAGCAACAGAGAGGAAGCCACGCCCUACUGGGGGUGUCCACACACAAAUGCCCCCUGCAGGCCUCGGGGUACACGGUGUUGAUAGGCGGAGACUCGUGUUCCUGGGGCUGGGAGCUCUCGACCAAUCAGCUUUGGCAUGACGGGCAGAGAAAGAGGCGGUACCCCGGGGGCGGAGCCACGGACGUCUUGAGCGUUCCGGAUCGCAUAUUAGUGGUGUUGGACGCAGACGCGGGGACGCUGGGAUACGUGGUGGACAACUGCUAUUUGGGCGUGGCCUUCCAGGACCUCCCCAAAGGAGCGGAGCUUUUCCCUGCCGUGAGCUGCGUGUGGGGAGGAGCUGAAAUUUGCAUACGCUACCUGUGUGGCAUGACACGUGACGCUCCUGCUCUACAGGCUCUGAGUCGUUUAUCCGCGCGUCGGGCCCUCGGAUCGGACCGGAGCCGGACUCUGGCGCUCCCACCGGCUCUACAGCGCCUCCUACUGGACACUGCAGAGGAAGUGCAGCAAGACCUUUGAUCACACUCUUCUUUACCACUAAUUUAUAUUUUAUUUUAAUAAUUUAAAUAUUUAUUAAUAUGUUUAUUUGAACUUAUUUUGAUUUUUUUUGUAUUGCAGACAUGUUUGAGUUGUUGUUUUGCAUAU